UGACCCGCUGCAUAAUUUACGAAAAUACAUGUAUAUAAAACUUCCUCGUAUUGAGUGGAGACACAGGUGUACACCCAUGACACCAUACAUGCAACAUUUAUACAUAGUAUAUCAGUAAACCGUUUGGAAUGUUUGUGUACCUAAUUUUGGAUGGCUCUUGUAAAAGGAUACCCUCACUUUCUGUAGAUCUAGAAAAAUGUGCGCCACGUGCGGGCAUAUACAAAGGAGGAAAAUUAAGUCUGACACUUUUAUAUAAAGUGCUGGUAUUAGACUCGAUCCUUGUGGAUUGUGACAGGAAGAGAGUUUACUGGAGCUGUGAACAGUGUGACAUGGAUAUGAUAUACAGGGCUAGUUCACAAGGAGAGCUUUAUGCAGAAAAUGUACUGGAUUAUUUUGGAAACAAGGAGAAACUGUCUAAAGAAGAAGAACUUCUUAAAAACGAAUCCUUAGAUAAAAUGUUUGAGAAAGCUGAAAGUAUCUUCCACAAUGCAAGUCCAGAAAGUUUUGAAAGUGAAGGCAACGAAUACACAUAUGGUUCUCUCCUCGAAAUACUUCAAAUGUACAUCCUUCCAGAAAUAACUUUUCAAUCAAAACACAGAAAACUCGUGCAGCAAUGUCUAGACACAAUAAAGAAAGAAUCACAAUAUAUUGAAAUGCUCAUUCAGAUGAGUGUACAAACAUUAUCAAACUUGGAAGAAUUACUAGUAAAACAACGAAAGUGCUUGCUUUUGCGGGAAAGUGUUUCUACUAUUCUUAACACCGUGCCAAGGGAUGUGGAUUUUAUACGCCUCUUGUUAAAGCAUGCGGAUGAAGACAUUAAAAAAUUAGAAGGUAUUUUGAUAUUGUUGACUGAGAAGGAGAAAAAAGUAGGACAUUCAACAGACGAAGCAAGACUGAAACUCCUUGUGGAAACUCGCAAGGAAAGAGAUAAAAUUUCAAAUGAAAAGGAAACUAUUAUUUCGGCUGCAGAAAACCUUUUAGAAGGGAUAUCGAAAGAAAACGUUACGACAAAAAGGAAAACAAAAAGUGGGAAGUUAAGACUAUCUAAGUCACAUGUUGACAAACCGGUUUCAUUGUCUGAUAAAUAUGAGAAAUAUAAAAAAGAUGCUGCUGAAAUUGAAACUUUGAGUAAUGAAAUCAAGCAGCAAAUUAAUAUCAAAAUCAGGUUGUCCACUGUCAGACAGUCCGUGAUAUCUGCUCUCAAAUACUUGUAAAUAUAGGUUAUAGAUUAUUUAUUGCUUUAACGGAGCGUAGCGAAGUGAAACGAUAACUGAAUUUAUAGUGAAACAAUGACUGAAUUUAUAAGAAAGUUGAUAAGUGAACUAUAACCUAUUUCUUGUCUAUAAUAAGUUAAUCUGUAUAUAACCAUAAGAAACUAACCUCAAUAACAUACUUUCUGGAUUCAUUAUAUAAAUACUACAUAACCUGGCAAAUAGGUACUGCUUAAUUGGUGUAAUACAUCGAGAGGUGAAAUUCGGAACUCUGGUGACUGACUGGUUGUUUAGACUAUUUUAACAUUUCGGAUUUUUACCACUUCAAGAGGAUGCUUCAGCCUUUUAGUUUAAUUCUUUACAAAAAGAAGAAAAAGGACUUUGAUUCUAACAUUAUUUUUACGGAUUACACCAAACCGUGUUUAGAGCUUGGCGCGAAAACAAUCAUUUCUGCCGUCUGUAGAACUAUAGACUUUGAAUGUUUAAAACUUUUUGCACUUAUCCAAACUUUUCAUACCCUCGAUAAUUUUCAUUAAAUACAAAACAUGUA